CAGAAGAUGGCUGAUCCUUGGCAGGAAUGCAUGGAUUAUGCAGUAACCCUAGCAAGACAAGCUGGAGAGGUGGUUUGUGAUGCUUUGAAAAACGAAAUGAAUGUCAUGAUUAAAAGUUCUCCAGCCGAUUUGGUAACUGCAACUGACCAGAAAGUUGAAAAAAUGCUUAUCUCUGCCAUUAAAGGAAAAUACCCAUCUCACAGUUUUAUUGGUGAGGAAUCCGUAGCCGCUGGAGAAAGAAGUAUUUUAACUGACAACCCUACGUGGAUUAUUGACCCUAUUGAUGGAACUACCAAUUUUGUACAUAGAUUUCCUUUUGUAGCUGUUUCUAUUGGCUUUGUUGUAAAUAAAAAGAUAGAAUUUGGAGUUGUAUACAGUUGUGUGGAGGAUAAAAUGUAUACUGGCAGGAAAGGAAAAGGUGCCUUUUGUAAUGGUCAAAGGCUACAGGUUUCACGACAAGAAGAUAUUACCAAAUCACUCUUGGUGACAGAGUUUGGCUCUUCCAGAACCCCCGAGACCAUAAAAAUUGUCCUUUCUAAUAUAGAGAGACUUCUCUGCCUUCCUACUCAUGGGAUCCGGGGUGUUGGAACAGCAGCUGUUAAUAUGUGCCUUGUGGCAUCUGGAGGAGCAGAUGCAUAUUAUGAAAUGGGAAUUCACUGCUGGGAUAUGGCCGGAGCCGGCAUUAUUGUUACUGAAGCUGGUGGUGUGCUGAUGGAUGUAACAGGUGGACCAUUUGAUUUGAUGUCACGAAGAAUAAUUGCUGCAAGUAGUAGAACAUUAGCUGAAAGGAUAGCCAAAGAAAUUCAGAUAAUAUCUUUUCAAAGAGACGACGAAGAUUAAUUA